CGAGGGCAGGAACCUGCCUUGAUUCUUUCAGGCUUGAAAUUUCAGGUUGGCGUGUCUCAGCCCCGAGAAGGGGAGGGACAGACACGGAAGAGAAGCGGCUACAGAGAGGCAAGGACAAGAAAGCUGCUUCUCCUCCUCUCUCCCCCCACCCCACCGUCCCUCUCCCAUUCCUUCCAGGGUGUUUGCAGUCCAGCCCUCUGGGACUCAGAGGCCAAAACAGAGUGACCCUUGUUCUGCAACAGUGACCCUCCUCCUGGCCAUCGGGGGCAGGCUGAUGGCCACUGCACUGAACAUGGAGUUGGAGAGAAGGGGUCUGAAUGAUGUCGUGGAGGAGGAGGACGAGGAGAGAGGGAAAGAAGGGGAACAGAAAGCUUCCACCUGUUGUGACAGAGUCCACAAGUUCAUCUCCAAAUGGAUGCUUCCUGAAGAUGCCCGAGGAACUUACCUUGAGAGAGCCACUUGCAUCCCACCCCCUGUGUUCAUCAUCAUCAUCAGCUUCACUGAGCUGGCCGUAUUCAUUUAUUACGCUGUCUGGAAGCCCCAGAAGCAGUGGAUCACCCUGGACACCGGCAUCUGGAACAGCCCUUUCAUUUACCGGCCAGACAAGAGAGAAGAAGCUUGGAGAUUUGUCUCUUAUAUGCUAGUGCAUGCCGGUGUUGAGCACAUUGUGGGAAAUCUCUUCAUGCAGCUCCUUCUGGGGAUUCCCUUGGAAAUGGUUCACAAAGGCCACCGAGUGGGACUAGUUUACUUGGCUGGAGUGAUCGGAGGUUCCCUUGCCAGCUCAAUCUGUGACCCGCUUCAAGCUCUGGUGGGAGCUUCAGGAGGCAUCUAUGCCCUGAUAGGCGGAUACUUUAUGAAUAUUCUAGUGAACUUUAGGGAAAUGAUUCCUCUGUUUGGAAUCACCAGACUGUUGAUCAUCAUCUUCAUUGUUGUGUUCGAUAUGGGCUUUGCACUGUACCGAAGGUUUAUUGCUCCUGUGACCGGUCCCUCGGUGAGUUCUGCAUGUUAUCAGUGGCCGAUGUGUUUUGGGGACCACAGGGCGACCGAAAAAUACAGGAAGGCCGUUUUGGCACCGUACCAUGCAUUUGAAAACCACAAGUCCCAUUGGAUUGGAGCACCCUGGCUUCUGGAUCACGUCUCCUCCUCUGCAAAACAGGGAGAAACUUGCCAGCCAACUCCCACCUUCUUGCCUUUUCUGCUGCUCUCCACUUACUCCUCUUCUGCGUAGAAUCGUAAUAAUAAUAAUAAUACCUUCUACCCUGAGCUGCAGCUGCCGAGGUGGGGCGGAAGUGGGGUUGAACUUGCUCUAAAAGACUAAAACCUCACUCUCCACUGAUGGUUCACUGAGGA